AACAGAGGGAGUGUGUCAAAAGAAGAGAGGAGAGAGAUUGAGAGAGAGAGGGAGAGGAAGAGGAAAGUGACACAGUGUCUGAAGCCAGACUGUGAUAGGAUCUGUUGACAGUGUGGAUAAGACGUACUAAGCUGAAGUGAAGAGCGCGGUGCCAUUUGCAAAGCUUUAAAACAAGACGUCAAGUGAAGUGAUGCAAGUUACGAGUGGAAGCUAUACCUCAGUUCUUUCGAUUCUGUAAUUAUUAUUAGUUUUUUUUCCUUGUUAAUUUCUUUCCUUUACUUUUUUGAGAUUCGUUGCUUCGUCUUCUGUUUCGUUUUCGUAUUUUUCUAUUCCGUCGGGAGAUUCGAAUGACAUGACACUGGCGAAACGGAAGGGAAAUGCAGUGAAGAUGAAAGUUUCUCCUUCUUCCUCUUCUUCUUCUUCUUUUCCACUCUGUUCCGUUCUGAUUAGGAUAGAUUCGUGGGGAUUAGGUCCCCGAGAUAGCGCUUGGGAAGGAGGCUGCCGGCUCUCGAGCGAGAUCAAGCCCCGAAGUGCUGACGACGUGAAAGCUCUCCGGAAAACCAGCGCAGGUUCGUUGUGCUGGAAGGGAGCAGCAGGCCAAAGACGCCAGAAAACCCACCUUUCUUUAUCUCUCUUCCACGUGACCGCAGAGUCGAGAGCGCGGUGGCAAAAUGUCGUUUCUGUUGCACUUCAGCAACUAUCUCAUCGGCGGGAACGUUCCCAUCGACGACGGGGUAGACAAACUGAAUCGAAAGUACACCAUCCUCAUCCUCAUAUGCCUGUCGCUUCCACUCGUAACGAAGCAGUUCGCGGGCGACCCGAUCGAGUGCUUCACGCCCACGUAUUUCACGGAACCGCAAGCGAGAUAUGUGAACUCGUACUGUUGGACAGCCAGUACCUAUUACAUAAUCCCGGUGGACGUGGAGGACCGGGAGCAGGUGACGCGAGUGCAUUCGGUGACGUUCGACGAGGAGGGCGGCUCCACCUCCAUCCGGGGCGAGCGCAUCAAGGUCAACUACUACCAGUGGGCGCCCAUCAUCCUGCUGGUGGAGGCCGGCCUCUUCUACAUCCCCUUCGCCAUCUGGAACUCGACGGCAAAAAAUUCUGGCAUCAAGGUGGGACGUUUACUAAAGAAGGUGUCGGUCAUCUCUCAGUACACGCCCGGCCACCCAGACCGCGACGCACUUAUCGCCGAGUUCCUGGACCAGUUUAAUACGCUGAUGGGCGUUUCAAAGUGCUGUCCAGGAACCGUCUGUAAGUUUGAUUGCAAUCUGGCUUGCGGCGGGAACCCUUCCUCUUCUUUAUUCAUUCUGUACAUGAUUGUGAAAAUCAUGUACGUGUUCAACAUCUUGAUGCAAUAUUUUUUGCUCACGGUGUUCCUGGGCAAAGGGUACUUGUUCCACGGGGUCGAGGUGGUGGAGAAGCUGAUCAACAAGAAGGAGUGGUGGACCUCGCCGCGCUUCCCCCUGCAGACGCUGUGCCAGGUGCUGGCGGCCCAGCAGGGCUCGCUCAGGACAUACACGUGCCAGUGCGUGCUGCCCAUCAACCUGUUCAACGAGAAGAUCUUCUCGUUCAUCUGGUUCUUCUUCGCGCUGCUGCUGCCGGUGACCAUCUACAGCGCCCUCAUCUGGGUGUGGCGCACCUUCACCUGCUCGCGCAUCGCCUUCGUGCACUACUACCUGUGGCGGACCCGGCGGGUGGGCAAGGAGGACCUGUACAACAACGCGCGCAAGAUGGCCAUCCAGUACCUGGGCUGGGACGGCUGCCUGGUGCUGCGGCUGAUCGAGAUGAACCACGGCGGCACCAUCCUCACCAUCCUCACGGAGAGGCUGUGGGAGUUCUACGAGGGGCUGGAGCGCGCGCAGCAGGACGGCGGCGACCCCGAGGCGUUUCUCAGCCAGCGGCCGCCCAUCUUCGCCUGCGGGCCCUUUCCCACCCAGGGGCCCCCCACGGUCACGCCGACGCCCACCGGGGCUUACGGCUUCUACGGGAAGCACUACCUGCCGGGCACGCCUGGCGCCUACCCGGGCUACAUGUGGAACCACCAAGAUAUGGCCACGCCAGGCUACUCAGGCUACCCCAGGAUACGCGGCAAGAUCAGACGCUCCGAUCCUGGUCUCUCAACGCCUCUGAUACAACCGUAGCGAGGCAUACGACUAGGCUUCUCCGACCAUCUGAAAAAAAUUAUGCAGUCGCUUUGGUUAUACUCAUGACUAGAAGACAAUAUCAUAUCUAAGGGUAUAUUGAUGGCUCGCUGUAGACCUUAUCUACUUUAUUUUCUAUUAUUUUUUUGGUUGUUCAUGAGCAGCGGUUAGAUGGGGGGGGCACCUGGCACUGAGGAGACCAGUGCCCAGCGGACGUAAAGGGACAGUGCCAUAAAAGAGAUAUCCAUUGUGGAGAGCUCCUUACCUUGGCUUCUAGUUUAGCAAGUGUGUGUUUCUUUAACCCCUUUUUACCGCUAAACUCGUAGAUUUUAUUCCACGUGUUUGUUUCAAUAGAAGUCUGGAGGUUAUGUCCUAACAGGCAAUACCUUAUUACAUGUUUAAGAAGUUGGAAAUCUCCUCAAUCGGCAUUCUUUUCUGGGGUCUGGACUGCCCGUGCCACCUUGCCCAGUCUAACCGUUGUUUGGGUGGCGGUGUGUUUGUACUGUAUGUUUCCGUGUGUGUCCUAUACCGUAUGUUCUAACCCCCCUUUCCUCCUUCCUCUCUUAUGCAAGGUCUGCUUCCUAACCUUGUUAGUUGUAGAAUUAAUCAUAUCGGAUAAUUGAUGUCGGAUUCAUUAAGCUCCUGGCCUGCCAUCUGCAUUCUUGUUAACAACCUCUUGUAAACUUUCAAAAAAAAAAAGGUUUUUUAGAACAGCACGACUUCUCACAAUUCCAAAAAAAAAAAUUAAAAAUACAGUUCAUAAAUUGCCCCCCUACGGCAAAAAUCUGUCUCUCGCCCAAAUCAUUGUGUCCUCUUUGCAUUCAGUCAAUUCGAAAUCAGUGUCACCAAAGUAUCGUUUAAAAGAAAGGAAUACUCAACAGCUUUUAUUCACCCCCCCCCCAAAAAAAAAACAAUAAUAAUAAUAAUAAUAAUAAUAAAAUAACAAUAAUAAUAAUAAUAAUAAUAAUUACAAUAAUAACAUCAGGACUACUUAAGAACAAUCAUUUAACCCCCCCCACCCCCUUUCAAAAAAGAAAAUCAAACCAGAGAACUUCAAAACUCCUUCAGAGCAUACAUUCAAAAAAAAAUCUCCCCCACCCCCUUAUCAAAAAAAAAUCAAAUUCAAAAAAAAAAAUCAAAAAGAUCUAAAAUUACAAGAUUUUCUUAGAGAUGCGCAAAAAGAACAUGGUUAGGGCGGUUGCACUUGCUUCUGAAGUUACAACAGUCUCUCACGUGUUUCCCAACAGAUACGACAGCGAGUGCACACCCAAACUUCUCCUUAACAGCUACCCUGCCGCUGCCUAUGAAUCGUGCGUAUGACUUCCCUAAAAAAAAAAAAAAAUUAAUAAUAAUAAUAAUAAAACAUGAAAAAAAAAUAUAUUAAAACCGCUGCUGAUGUAGAUCCGAAGCAGCUGGGCUAGUCAUGAGUUAAUUUUUCUAAAAAAAAA